CUGUAACCAUGGCAACGGCGAGCCGUUAUUAUUCUAACCGCUGCUGUCUUUACUCAAAAACCUCCAAACACCCCGAUAGCUGAUCUCUCCUCUCCUCUCACUAAUCACUUUAACUCCAUUCCUCUGAUCCCCCGCGACCAUACACACGGAGACAGUUCCGCAGCAGAGACGUGUACAUUGUCCACUAGCUGUAGGGACCCUAAUUGGGGAAAUGGAGUGUGCAGGCUGGGUUCAGAAACUCCACAAUCACCAGAGCUGUUACGUCACACACUCACACAGUGAAGACAUGAGGCCGAGCGGGCAGGAGCGUGUCCACUUCAGCUUGAUGGACACGCCGAUGGAGAACGUGUCCAGCUCCCGGAGACCGGGGAGAGAGAGACACUACCUGUCUCACCCUCAGUGGUGUGAGACUCCCAAACUGACCAAGAAGAGCGUGUCUCUGCGAAGACGACUCCUCUCAUCCAAAUCCGUGACCGACACAAAGACGAGCGUCUCCGGGACGCCGAGCCGCAUGGACCCAUACGGCGUGUCGGGAUCCCUGGAUGUCCUCCUGGGCGGCCCGCUCUCCUACAGCACGCUGAGGUCCGACGAGGUGGCCACGUUCUGCAUGAAGCGCCGUCUGGUGUUUUCCCAAGCCGUGACGUCCACGCUGGAGGACGGGUGGGACGGGAUGAGCCCCUCUCUGUCCGAGCCCGACUUGGAUGAGAGCAUCAUCUCCGGACUGUUGCCGUCCAAGACGCCGGAGACGCCACGGGGACAAGACGGUUUCCGGACCCCUGUGACCCGCCUCGCUGCCAAUCUGUCUGAGAGCCUGAGCGUGCUGAGCACUCCUUCGCACACUCCACUCUCGGGGCUGGACGUGUCCGAGGAUAGCGGUUUUGGCUCGCUGCGACUGGACGGCUCGGAGGACGGCGGUGACGACAGCUCGUUCCAGGAAGGGGUGCCGCGCGUCACGCUCGGCCGAGACCGCCGCCGCUCCAAACUCGAACGCCAGCGCAGACUGUCCACGCUCAGGGAGGGCUCUCAGUCGGACGAAGAGGUCAAAGGUCAGCGUGUGAAUGGGCAGGGCCUAAAGCUGGACGAAGAUGUGUUUGCACAGACUCCGCCCCUCAGGAAGACGCAACGAGACCUGUCGCUCACUCCGGCUCUGCAGGCCAUGGAGGCCCUCAGCCUCUCCUUCACUGUCUCACGUGACCUUGAGCAGCCAAUCGGCGCCCGCCUGAACCUCUCUCACAACCUCGAGGAGCCAAUCACAGCACACCUGCUGCUCUCGCACCUGAUUGGACGGAGGAUGGGUUUAGGGAAGAUGGAUGUUCUCACUGAGCUCCAUGUGAGGAACCUGCACCACGUCCUGUCCUCCAUCCUGCAGCUGCUCUCCGCCAAGGACAUCCACACGUGUACUGAGGUGUGUGAUUCCUGGAGUGAUAUAAUCCUGCAGGACAGGAAGGCCAAUCGCAGGAGGAGGAACUACGAACAAGAGCAGCAUCACGCACUGGAGAUGGGUAGAGCGGCUCGUGUGAUGGACGCAGAGACGCGGUUAGCGUUAGUAUGUCGCUCAGCUCUCAGCAGUGUUCAGGCUCAGGCUAAAACUCCCAGGGCUCGCGCACACACCCCUGCGACCGGUGGGGUUCGCGCACACACCCCUGCGACCGGUGGGGCUCGCGCACACACUCCACCCUCCACCAAACGCCAACAGUUCCUGCAGGUAGCGAAGACUCUGUUCAGUGAUGAGUGUCUGCGUCCGUGUCCCCGGUGUGAACAUCCUGCUCGCUGUCACUCUGUAAAAGCUGAAGGUGUGUGUAGCUGGAGCGAGUGUGUGUUCCAUUUCUGCACUUCCUGUCUGCGGGCCUAUCACGGCUCAGCUGACUGCACACGCCUUCCCAACCUGCACACACGCAGGAAGGGGCGGAGCCAGCUGUUACCAGGCAGUGCACAGAGCAAGCACAACAUCAAGAGACUGUAACACACACACACACACACACACACACACACACACACACACACACACACCCGUACAGCUUGUGUGUGUGGUGGUGGGGGGGGUGGUUGGGGGACAUGCUGCUAAAAGGUUGUGUUAGAAUGAUGAACUGUGAUUCCACAUU